CUGGGGCAGCAGGAGACACUGAACAGCACUGAUUUGUUUUCUUCUAGAUUUAAUUUCAUUUAGGAAUAUCGAUCCUGUCUGGCUUGGGAAUUCAACAUGAAUCUUAAUGAAAAGAUCUGUGAACACAAGAAGGUAGUGAGCGAGAAGAUGAUGAAAGAAAAUAUUUUACCAUCAGUGUGUGAAGAUGACGAAGAAGGUGAAAAAAAUGAGACUUUAGGAGAAAUCGCAAGCAGGCCUGCCAGCAGACCCAGAAGUGUGUACAGCAGAGGAAGUGUGGAUGGAAAAAGAGUGCCGAGAUCAAGAUUAAGCCUUCGAGAUGAACAAAAUGCAGAUGAGCAGAAAGAAGAAGAGUUUGAGAAAGACACUGGUAGCUGCCCAUGUGAUGGACAGCAGAUGGAAAGAGACUGUGUCAUUGCUGACGAAGAUUAUGACAUAGACCUGGAGCUCGAAGCCUUUCACAAUGAAAGGCAGGCAUAUGACCCCACAGGUCAAACCCGCUACAAAGAGGCCUGUAAGAUGCUGAGCGUAACCCCGAUGUCCUGCUUUCUGAGAAAUAUAAAUCAGACUGAGCUCAACAUGAUGCAUUGUGGCUUGGGCCCGCAGGGUACCAAAGCUCUCGCCGUUUCCUUGGUAACUAACACCUCCAUCCUGAAGCUGAACUUGCGAGAUAAUUGGAUGGAAGGAAUAGGCGGGGCUGCUAUGGCUGAUAUGCUCAAAGAGAACUCUUACAUCACAGAAAUUGAUUUGUCUGAAAACCGCAUGGGUGAACAUGGAGCCAGGGCUCUGUCCAGCAUGCUGCUGGAAAACACUACCUUAGUGUCUCUCAAGCUGUCAGGGAGCCAUCUGGACGAGCAUGCGGCCAGACACCUGGCGCCAGCUCUGGUCAGCAACCAGAAACUUCAGCAUCUCGACCUGAGUCACAACAGAUUUGGAGACAUCGCAGGGGAACUUCUGGGUGCUGCCAUUGCAGAAAACAUAGGAAUAAAGUCACUCAAUAUGGCUUGGAAUAGCAUUCGUGGAAAUGGAGCCAUUGCAUUUGUGAAAGGCCUGGAGGCAAACAUCUUCUUGCGGACGUUGGAUUUAUCAUACAACGGGUUGGGUAAAGAGGGAGCCAAAGCUUUAGAGGAAGUCCUCAAACACAACAACAUACUCGAGGAUCUGAAUAUCAGCAUAAACAACAUCCCGCCUGUAGGUGCCAUCCAUUUGGCAAUGGGCCUCAAAGUGAACUCAACUCUGCGGAUACUCAAAAUGUCUCGUAAUCCAAUUCAGUCAGCAGGGUGCUUUGCCAUUCUGAAAUCAAUGCAGGCAAACCCAAAAUCAGCCUUGGAGUUCCUGGACUUUUCUGACAUUUGCGUGGAUCAAGAAUUUGAAGACUUGUUUAACACAGUCAAAGAGAUAAUCCCGAACCUGCAAGUGAAACAUGAAAUCAAAACUGUGCUUAAAAAGAGCUAAACGGCUAAGAAAGCAUGGACAAUUUUGUUAUCUGUUGCAAAUAAAGCUGAGACUCUGA